UUAUUUGUCAGACAGAAACGGGAUGGUACAGAUUUGGUUAUACGCACUGUUCCUAACUUUGUUUGGUCCAUUCAUUGGCUAUGGAUCUGUCCAAGCAAAGGUGCUGCAGGCCUCACUCAGAGCAGACAGCAGGCGAGUACCAGCGGGUGGCAGUGUGACCCUGACCUGCUCUGUGGACGCAUCUGCAGACUGGAGAUACUACUGGUUCAAAAGACAUACAUCAGAAUAUUCUAAAUCUGUCAUGAUAAAAAGUGGAACAGCAGAACAGAAUAUUACUAUUUCAGAAGAAGGCACCUACUACUGCAGAGGAGGAAGAGGAGAUCCAGUUGUUUUCACAGAGGACAGCAACACAGUUACGAUUGACAAAAUAAGUUAAGUGUUUUGUCCGUAAAACAAACAAUGCGUAUCACACACAACAUCAACUUCCACCUUGAGUUCUUUUCAGUAAUUCAUGUUUUUCACCUUCAGAAAGACAUUUGAAGACAGCAAGGAUAACACAAAAUCCCAGCUGGAUCAAAAUAUUUAUCGGAGAGAGGAUCAGUCUGACGUGUGUCAUCUCGGACGGUGACGGCGCUCAGUGGGAAUACGAAUGGAGAACGACGAGCUUGGAAAGCUUAACGAAAAUCACUGGAGACUGGGUCUUUUACACAUCCAUUUCCAGUGCAGGUGACUACUAUUGCAGAGGGAAACAGAAGAUGGACUUGCAUCCCACAAUGUGGAGUUAUCCCAUCAGACUGACUGUGCAUUCAAGCAAGCCAAAGGCAACGCUAAAUGUUGACUUGUUAAGUGGGAGUGGAUAUUGGGAUCUGACCUGCUAUGUGGAUACAUCACCGUCUACCUGGAAUUACUUCUGGUAUAUGGGUGAAAUACCCUCUGAAAUCAAGCCCGGACAGGAUGCUGCUGCGAGCAACAAACAAAUCCUUGUCUCCCAGAGAGGACUCUACUGGUGCAGAGGGGGGAGAGGAGAGCCAGUUUACUACACAGAGUUCAGUGAGCCAAUGAAAGUCGGCACAAACCAUGAGUCGGAGUCAGCAGCAGACCCAGUAACUCCUCCUACCAGCGUAACUCGUCCACCAUGUGAAAACGAGGGAAGCGGCUCACUUGUCUCUUCGCCACUGAUGACGGGGAUGGUUUGUGGAAAUCUCCUACUCUGUGGAAGUCUGGUUUUGCUGUUUAUAUUUUUGCUCAGAAAAAUUAAAGAGCUUUCUUCACGUGUGGAAUCCAGUCGAGCCUCUGGUGAAAAAUAUACAGCCGACCCAGAUCCAGACAGUCCGUACAGUCAUCUUACCCAUGGCGACAUAGCUAUCUACGAAUCCAUCCCCCCAAGCAGAAAUCUUGACACUGGGGAAGCAGCUGGAGAUCACAGUGUAAUGUUUAAUAAGUGUCCAGGAGAAAAAGGAGUGGCACAAGCAUCUGUUGUCCUUUAAAAUCACCAAGACAUUUUUUCAGCUUUAUAAAAACCUGCAUAAUCUGGAUGUAAUUUAAUCACCGCUCAUAAAAUCAGUUAGAAAUCAAGCUUUUGUAAUUGAUCAUUUAUAAUGUAUUGCUUAUGAAAAUGGCAAGUAGAAAUAGAAAGCAAACCAUAUAUGCUUGUCUUUGAAUAACAACCUCCUCCUCCUGUAUUCCCCUGCUUUAUAAAUGCAACGCUUUGCUUUAAAUGCCAUUAAAGUAAAUGACUGUGACUUUUUGACCUCUCUGCCUACACUUACAGCCCGGAGACGAUCACAUGACUUGAACACAACACAGACAGAACGGCAGCACUCUGUCCAUGUAAACACCACUGUAAAAGUCUGAGACCACUAAUAUCAAGUUAUGUGGAGGGCCUGCUUUACACUUUUGCAAGCUUUGCAUACAAAACCAAAUCAGCUCAGUGGGGA